GCUCAUUUCUUGCAGUGUUCGCUCCGCCUCCUCGGCUGUCUCCGGCGCUGCGCUUUAAAUAGCAGCUGUUUAAAAGCUCCUCACCACUCUCCUGUCUGCUGUGCAUCUCUCAGUCUCCACUCACUCGCAACAUUUUCCUAAAACACUAACCCCCUAACAUCUCGCAAUGUCGGCCGCCAGCACCGAGACUAGCGCCCCACUGCCCACCGCCGGCAGCCGCGUCUUCUUCCAAGGUGCACCCGCAGUUGGCUGCGUUGGCACCGGCCCCAUCACCGGAGACGACCCGGUGCAGAGGAGACAGGGCAAAGUGACGGUCAAGUACGACAGGAAAGAGCUGCGGAAAAGACUCGUCCUGGAAGAGUGGAUCAUCGAGCAGCUCAGCGAGUUGUAUGACUGCGAGGAAGAAGAGAUGCCGGAGGUAGAGAUAGACAUAGAUGAGCUGUUGGAUGUCACCAGUGACGACGAGAGGGCCACCAAACUACAGGUAUCGUUAAUAGACUGCUACAAACCAACAGGGGACUUUGUCCGUGAUCUGCUGGCCAGGAUAAGGGGAAUGAGAAAACUCAGUGCGCCAACCAAGAAGGGCCUAUAAUGGCUGUGAAAUCCACCAUAAAUCCACCAUAAACGGCGUCAUCUCAGCUCCACCUACUUAACCCACUCAACAUGGACUGUCAUCCCACAGAAAUACUUAAACAUAACGGCAUUUGUAACUAUUCUGCAAUUUGCAAACAUGCACCAUAAACUCCAUGCAUAUAGCACUUCAUUUCACCAUCACGUAGAAUGACAAGGUGUAUUAUUAUAUUUAACUGUUGAAAAGGUACAUAAGCAAAACAGAGCCGACAUGUUUAAUAUACAGCCACAAUAAAAUGUCAAGCCUUGGAACAUGCCACAACUGCAACUGUGCUUUAACAUGAACACCACCCAAUUCCACAUUUCAGAGCCAUGUUACAAGCUAACGCUGUAAUCCCAACAGCAAUACAGACUAAAAGCACCAACAAAAGGGGACGUGGUAACAAAAUGUUUGUACUGCAGUAGGUGUGCAAUUAGCUGUAGCACUAUGUAAACACAGUGCUUCGAGAUUGUCAUUUUUUUUACUAAGGUGUUUUACUGUAACUUAUACUGUAUGUUGCCAUUUAUUGUUCAUGUGAUUUGAAAUGUGGUCUUCAACAGUUUUCCGUUUCGUCCUAUUUUAAAGUCACCCUGCUUACCCUUACUCUUUCAGUGCUUCGGAUAUAAGGGAGCUCUGUAGUUUUAUUUUCAGCACAAGGCGUUAAUACAUCAGUUCUGUCCUUUUGUGAUGUGUAAACUCUGGAAAGAGUGGGGACGUUUUAGCAAGCAAGGCUAAAAUAUUGUGAAAAUAAUCAGCUUUUUACCCACUGUUCUCGUGUACAUUUCCCAACAGAAAGGCAUGAUGGGUGUUGCAGUUCUUUGUGUGAGACUACAAAACCUGUAUGAUGGUAGCCUUUCACUUAUAACGGUGUUUUCCGUUGAUCAGAAUUCAUAUCAGUUGGUCAUUUAGGUUUAAGCACAAUGCUAAUACAUUGUUUUUUAUUACACUCUGGUUCACUUAACUCUGCUAACUAAUAGUGAUUUGCCUUUAAGGAAAUUCAGGAUCCAAUCACUCUUUUUCUCUACACAGAACCUUAACUACUGACAACCUAAAAAGGCAAUUAUGGUUGAGUCAUAACCUGAAAACAACUUGAAACUUUGACACUCGUCAGGUCCUGUAAGGGAAGGUGUGCCAAAACUGGGAGUAUUACAUCUUAAAUGCCAUAGAUCAUGGCAGCGUUAGGGUGAUGCAGCGUUUCCCUGGAGAUUGUUUGUUGGGUUUGUAAACAUCUGCGAGAGGGCGUAGAUUCUUUUCUUUUUUUUAAUGUUUUUCCAGGUUGCAGAAAAUAGGUUUUUAUUGUAUAAUCCAAGGUUUAAGUGCUGGAUUUAGUUAUUUAUUGUUGUCAAUGUACACCAACACACUCACUAACCUGUACGCACUGGUACAAUCAUGACUCUGUUUUGGGGUAGGGCCCGAUUUCACUUCUGAGCAGUCGAUCGUGUUUCCGAGCAGAGUGGCGCAGACAUGAAUCUGCCGUAUUAUACUGUAAACCCUCAGCUGCCAAAGACAAAGCAGGGCAAUGAUUGGUUUUAACAUAACACUUGCAAAGCACCCGUCUUGCAUGCUAACAACAGAGAGAAAACACUGAUGAAGAGAAUAGAUAUUAUGAACUUAUAAUCAAGCAAAAAAUACUUUUAUUGACUUAGAUACCAUGUCUGACUUUGUAGAACUUCUUGUGUUGAAACAACGUGACGGUCACGUUGGAGAGAAUCCAGGACAUUUUAAAAUGGUGCUGUUUUUAGAUGUUCUUCCCAGGUUUUGGUUGUGUAAAACACAUUUUCACUGUCGUUUGAUGCCAGAGAAAUGUGUCUGGGAGAAGUGUAUGUCUUUAUUGAUGGGGUGCGUUCAGUCUUUAGUGGCCUCCUCUUUGCUUUUCUUUCUCUCAAUUUGGACUGGAUUGGUGUCCAGCGCACUCACAUAGCAACGGUUGUUGUGUUUGAAAAUUAUCACUUGUUUCUGGAUGAGUGAAUUGAA